UACCGGAAGAUCUCACGAUCUGGGACUGGCUUUUUGAAUCCAAAUCCUCACCUCUACAACAGGACGUCUCUUCGGGCUUCGGGGGGCUUUACAAAUGCCAUUACCCAAGAAAGAGUGCGCUAUGAUGAGAUCAAAGAUUAUGCAACCUUCAUUUCAACCGCAUUGGUGCGGAAAUUCCAUUUCUCGGCUGGAGAGACCAUCGCUCUCUUUAGUCCCAACACCGUCUGGUAUCCAGUUGCCAUGUUUGCAACUACUCGCAUCGGAGGAAUGAUCUCGGGCGCCUCGCCGGCAUACAAUGUUGAAGAAAUGACAUAUGCAUUGAGGAUAUCUGACGCCAAAAUCUUCAUGACAACGGAAUCUGCGCUUCCAGUUGCUAUCCCAGCUGCCCAAAAUGCAGGUAUUUCGCGAGAUCGCAUUAUAUUGUUAGAAGGAACGCAGGAAGGCUUUGAAACGAUCCAUGAUCUCAUUGCCUUUGGACAAAACCAGCGCGAUGACCAAGUGCCCUCGUUGAAGGUCAAGAAGGGAGAAUCUAAUAAAGAUCUAUGUGGGUUUCUCAGUUUCAGUAGUGGGACAACUGGUCUUCCUAAAGCCGUGAUGAUUUCUCAUCAUAAUGUGAUCGCUCAAUGUCUACAGGUGACACAGCUCACUCCCAAGGAUCAUAGAAAAAUACUUGCCGUCCUGCCUCUUUUCCAUAUCACCGGUCUCGUCCAUCAAAUGCAUCUACCCGUUCUUCGAAACGCAGAAGUCUACAUGCUCCCCGCCUUCAACAUGAAAGACAUGCUCGACACAGUAGUCAAGCACCAAAUCUCAGAACUACUCCUAGUCCCACCAAUAAUAAUUCGACUUCUCCGCGAUCCAAUUGUGAAAGAGUAUGACCUUUCCCAUGUCCGCCGAUUCUCCUCAGGAGCCGCCCCACUCUCCGCCGAAGUCCUCCAAGAACUUCAACGACGAUUCCCAAAUACAGGGUUCAAGCAAGGGUACGGUAUGACCGAAUCCUGCAGCUGCAUAACCGCGCAUCCAGUCGAGAAAUCCACCUACGAAUACGCUCACCGGGUUGGAAGCAUUGUUGCAAAUACCGAGGUCAAAAUCAUUGAUCCGGAUACAGGUGCUGAGCUGGGAUAUAAUCAGCCUGGUGAGAUUCUUGCACGAGGACCUCAGAUUGUGAUGGGGUACUUGAAUAACGAUAAAGCAACGCGUGAGACAUUCGAUUCGCAGGCUUGGUUACAUACUGGUGAUGUUGGAUUUAUUGAUCAAGAGGGAUUCAUUACUAUUACCGAUCGGAUUAAGGAGAUGAUUAAAGUCAAGGGUAUUGCUGUUGCGCCUGCGGAAAUUGAGGAUCUUUUACUUGGUCAUCCGAGUAUUGAGGAUGUGGCUGUUGGGGGUAUUGCCGAUGAUUAUACCGGUCAACGUCCCAAGGCUUAUGUUGUCUUGAAGCCUGAGAUUUCUGAAGGAAAGGAUCAGGAUGCGAUUGUUGCAUUGUUACAGGAUGUGAUGCGGUAUGUGCAGGAUAAUAAAGUGAGGCAUAAAUGGGUUACUGAGGUGGAGCUUGUGCGUGAAAUCCCGAAAAGUGCCAGUGGGAAGAUUCUUCGUCGGGUUCUUCGUCAGCUUGAGCAGCGUGAUGGCAAAGGUCGAGUCAUAGUUCGCAGAGAUCGUUCAUCUAAACUCUAG